AUGGAUAGCCAAGUGUACCACGCUGUUCAAGAUGAUAGCAUUAAUUACCACCAGAUGCUAAUCACAAAGGACAUUGCAUUUCUUAAGAGAAACUCAUCCACGGCCCUCUUUUUUUCCCGCUUUCAGUGUGAAUCGAUCACCGGGGUGAAUCACUCCGUCUCAAGGCAGGCCCCUCCACCCUCCCCAGCUCUCAAGGUACAUGUCAGUCAGAGCAUACAGAUCCUGGCACAUGAAAUUGCAUUCAUCCUGGCAAGAAAGGAAAGGCCGGAGCCCGGUUAUAUAUCCGCGAUGUUGAGACUAGGGACAGUGGCCUUCUCGAGCAGAGUACCUCUGGAAUAUCACUGUGGGACGAACAGUCGAUCUCGGCUAUCGCGUAUUCUCGAGAAGAUCGAGAAGCUUUCAGAGAGGUCUUGUAACAACUACAUACAAUUAACGGUGUCGCGUCGGUCACGAGCUCCGGAUUGA